AUGCGCCAGGGCGUUUGGAGGCUGCCGGGCACAUUCCCAAUAGCACAUCUCAGACACAGCUCGCGACUCUUUUCCUCUUCUUGUACAUCCUUUCUUUUUGCUACUCAUGCCGCGGAGAGACGUCAUGGGGUUUUCAAAACAGAGAAUGGGGGAAAGGUCUUGCUACCACUGGAUCACAACGAGCGACCGUUGUUCCAGUACGGCCUCGGUGCAGAUGGCAACACGCCGCCCAUCGCUUACACGACAGAAACGGAAACCGCGGCAUCACGCCGACACUCCAAGGAAAACGACAAGGGAAAGGCUGGGAAACUGCUGGAUCACAAGGGGCAACCACUGUCCGAAGAAGCAAUAGUCGUUGCCAGUGAAUACUGGAGGCUACGGCGGCUUCUAAGAUCUUCCCCGAUAUUUCCAUCGCACAAUCUCACUCAUGAGAUACGUCUUCAGCGGGCAGCCUACAACCACAUCGUGUUGAACUUGAACCGCGCGCCUGGAGCUCCCGUCACGCUCGAGCACGAACCACCAAACAUUGAUCCCUCCAAGGACAAACACGAGGCACUAACAAAUGAGUGGAAGCAAUCGACAUGGGAGGCCGAAGAACUCCCAGCACUCUCUCCCGAGCAGGAACGGGUUGUCAAGCUUGCUGAGAAGCGCCACAACAUAUUCUUCACGGGCUCGGCUGGCUCAGGCAAAUCGAGAGUUCUUAAGGCCAUUGUUAAGCGGCUCAAAAGUCGGGGACUCAAAGUCCAGGUAGCGGCUCCCACUGGCAAGGCUGCCUUCAAUGUGAACGGCAUGACCACCUGGUCCUACGCUGGCUGGAGUCCAGGUCUGACCGGGCAAAGUAUUAAAGACCUGGUUUUCCAAUCCGCAUAUACCGAGGCUGCAAGAAAGCGAAUCAAAAAGACAGAUGUUCUCAUAAUCGACGAGAUUAGCAUGGUGGAAAACCACCACUUCGAACGCCUCAACAUGGUCCACAAAGAAAUCCGCCAAAAUAGCUCGCCCUUCGGAGGCAUCCAGGUCAUUGUUGUGGGCGAUUUCUGCCAGUUGCCACCUGUCUUGCCCUUUAAGGUCUGCUACAAGUGCGGCAAGCAGAUGGAGAGGGUGCAACACCAGGACGAGGAAAAGACAACUUAUACAUGCAAGCCGUGUCGCAAAACCUCCACGGAUGCAGACAAGUGGGCUUUCCGGAGCAACGCUUGGAAGGGAUGCAAAUUUGAAAAUGUCCAUCUCAACGAAAUCCACCGACAAAGGGAGCCCGAGUUUAUUUCCAUACUGCAAAAGUGCAGAGUUGGCGCCCAUCUUACGGACCAAGACAUUGACUCGCUGAUCAACCAUCCCUCCCACACAGACAAAGCUACCAAGCUGUUAUCAACCCGGUGGGAAGUUCGUAGGGUCAACCAGGAACAGUUCUACAAACUUGAAGGUAGGCCCCAAGUCUUCAAGUGCAUCGAUAGGUUUCAUUGGCACCGGGAACUCCACCCGGAACUAGAGUAUCUAGGUGAGAGGAAUCCGCAGGACGGUACACUCAGAGCACUCCGAGAACAUGUUCUGGACCCUGAGGUAUACCUCAAGGUCGGCAUGCCCGUCGUUCUCUACCGGAAUCUCGACGUGGCAAAUGGACUCACCAAUGGCAGCCAGGGAGUGGUCAUCGGGUUCAGAAAAGUUCCCUUUGCAAGCAGGUUUGCCGAUCGCGUACUCAACACCAACAUCGAUGACCAAACCGACCCCUUGGUUCUCUUAGUUCUGAGGGACGAAUUUCUUCGUCGGGUCCAUGGUCAAAUGUGCCCACUCGUUGAAUUCCCAAACAACGUAACAAGGGUCAUAGAACCGAUUACCCGGGAAAUUGAAUACGGGAGCACACCGCCGCAUACAAUGCUCAUGCGAACACAACUACCGCUUGGUCCGGCCUGGGCGAUGACUAUACACAGGUCGCAAGGCCUGACAAUGGACCGCGUUGUCGUCGAUUUGUCCAAGGCCUUCGCCAUGGGUCAAUCAUAUGUUGGGCUUUCCAGAGCCAGAUCACUCCAAGGGCUCAAGGUGGAAGGGGAUCCAGAAAUACUCCGCACCGGCAUGGAAUUGGAUCAAGCUGUGAAGGAUUUCAUGGAUGAGACGUUUGGCGAUGUGUGGAUGGGUGGGGUCUCUGUCUCUGGGACGUCCUCCAAGUCACCGAUGCAGCAGGCAAUUGACGAAAGCAAGCCAGCCCCGGCUGAGGCUGAGGCUGAGGCAGGCGCCGCUUCAUGA